AAUGAGGCUAGUAUUAGGCUGGAGAUGGUUAUUGAAGGGAAAAGUGUUUAACCAGAACUGGAUGUGGCGAUCACUGGACGCCUGGGUUGGUAUGAAAACUGUUAGACAUCAACGCAAGACAAGGCCAAUAGUGAUAGGCAUCAUUGAUCAUGGGAACGAAGAGUGGAGGAAACACAUCGCACUGGCUCAGCUGAAUGAUGGAGCAUGCUUUAUUAGGAGGCUCAUAGCAAUGUUUAAUGCGAAAAGUCCGGGAAAUUAGAUUUGAG